GGCAGCAGCAGGAGCGGCAGGAGCAAGAGUGCGAGUACCCAUACCCCCCGGACCCUCUUCUCCCCGGGCAGAGAGGGGCCGCACCUUCCCGCAAGGCAGUAACAUAAACACCUGUCAUACAAGAGUUAAGAACAGGAGGAAAAGCAAAGAGAGAGACCAACUUCCUUAGAAGUUAUUUGUUCAAAGGAUCAAUAUUUCAAGAUGUGUGAAGCAGAAGGGUCUGACUGACAAGCUGCCUUGACAUACACUGUUAUUCUAACUAUGACUGGAUUGACUGAAAAUUGCCUCAAAGAGUAAGGUUUCUUGUCUAUACCUACAUAACUACUGCCAGCUAUCUAGUCUUACGAAGUUGAACUUCAUUCUUCAAGUGUGAUUUACUCAGUACAGCCCAAAAUCAUGAUGAAAAAGAUGAGCAUACCUACAAGCAAAACUUCCCUGGUCCUCUUUCUGUGCCAAAUUAUUUUUGCACUGGAUGUACCUCUUGACUUGUCACAACCUCCUACGAUAACUCAGCAAUCUCCAAAAGAUUACAUUGUUGACCCUCGAGAGAAUAUUGUAAUACAGUGUGAAGCCAAAGGAAAGCCACCUCCUAGCUUCUCCUGGACACGCAAUGGAACUCAUUUUGAUAUAGAUAAAGAUGCACAGGUAACAAUGAAACCAAAUUCAGGGACUCUUGUCAUAAAUAUUAUGAAUGGUGGGAAAGCAGAAGCAUAUGAGGGAGUUUACCAAUGUACAGCAAGGAAUGAACGAGGAGCAGCCAUUUCCAACAAUAUCGUUAUAAGGCCUUCUAGAUCGCCUUUGUGGACAAAAGAAAAGCUGGAACCAAAUCAUGUUCGCGAAGGUGAUUCACUAGUACUGCACUGCAGACCUCCUGUUGGCUUGCCACCACCUAUUAUAUUUUGGAUGGAUAAUGCUUUCCAAAGGCUGCCUCAAAGUGAAAGAGUUUCCCAAGGUCUAAAUGGAGAUCUUUAUUUUUCUAAUGUACAACCAGAAGACACCCGGGAGGACUAUAUCUGCUACGCAAGAUUUAAUCACACACAAACUAUACAGCAGAAACAACCCAUAUCUGUAAAGGUCUUUUCAAUGGAUUCAUUGAAUGACACUAUAGCUGCUAAUUUGAGUGACACUGAUAUUUAUGGUGCAAAGCCAGUUACAGAAAGGCAGCCAGUUCUUCUAACACCAACAGGUAGCACAAGUACCAAAGUGGAACUCAGAGGAAAUGUGCUUUUGUUGGAAUGCAUCGCAGCAGGAUUACCCACACCAGUAAUCCGCUGGAUCAAGGAGGGUGGGGAGCUGCCAGCCAACAGAACAUUUUUUGAAAACUUUAAGAAAACUCUCAAGAUUAUAGAUGUUUCAGAAGCUGACUCUGGGAACUACAAAUGUAUAGCAAGAAAUACUUUAGGUUCAGUUCAUCAUGUCAUUACAGUAACUGUUAAAGCUGCUCCAUACUGGAUAACAGCACCCAGAAACUUGGUUUUGUCUCCUGGAGAAGAUGGAACAUUGAUCUGCAGAGCUAAUGGCAACCCAAAACCUAGUAUAAGCUGGUUAGCAAAUGGUGUUCCCAUAGCAAUUGCUCCAGAAGAUCCUAGCAGAAAGGUGGACGGUGACACCAUUAUUUUCUCACACGUGCAAGAAAGGUCAAGUGCUGUCUAUCAGUGCAAUGCUUCUAAUGAAUACGGAUACUUGCUAGCAAAUGCGUUUGUGAAUGUUCUGGCUGAGCCACCAAGAAUUCUAACUCCAGCUAAUAAACUGUAUCAAGUCAUUGCAGACAGUCCCGCAUUGCUAGACUGUGCUUAUUUUGGGUCACCUAAGCCUGAAAUUGAAUGGUUUAAGGGAGUGAAAGGUAGCAUCUUGCGUGGAAAUGAGUACGUUUUCCAUGACAACGGAACCUUGGAAAUUCCAGUGGCUCAGAAGAAUAGCGCUGGUACAUACACAUGUGUAGCAAGGAAUGAAUUAGGAAAGACACAAAAUGAGGUGCAGUUGGAAAUUAAAGAUCCAACGAUGAUCAUUAAACAGCCAGAAUACAAAGUGAUUCAGAGAUAUGGCCAAGUUUCUUUUGAGUGUAUAAUAAAACAUGAUUCUACCUUACUACCAACAGUUACGUGGUUGAAGGACAAUGAUGAACUGCCAGAUGAUGAAAGGUUUCUAGUUGGUAAAGACAACUUGACCAUUAUGAAUGUAACUGAUAAAGAUGAUGGAACAUACACUUGCAUAGUUAAUACUACUCUGGACAGCGUUUCAGCAAGUGCUGUGCUUACUGUUGUUGCUCGGCCAAAUCCACCCUUUGACUUGGAAUUGACAGGUCAGCUAGAAAGAAGCAUUGAUCUCUCAUGGAUACCAGGGGAUGAAAACAACAGUCCCAUUACAAGCUUUGUGAUUGAGUACGAAGACGCGCUGCACGAACCAGGAGUGUGGCAUUACCAGGCGGAAGUCCCUGGCACUCAGACAACGGUGCAGCUGAAGUUGUCUCCCUAUGUCAACUACUCCUUCCGUGUGAUUGCUGUCAAUAAGAUUGGCAGAAGCCAGCCCAGUGAGCCAUCUGAGCAGUACCUGACAAAAUCUGCAAGCCCUGAUGAAAAUCCUGCUAAUGUACAGGGGAUAGGCUCAGAACCUGAUAAUUUGGUAAUAACAUGGGAGCCUUUAAAAGGUUUUCAGUCUAAUGGACCAGGGCUUCAGUACAAAGUCAGCUGGCGCCAGAAAGAUGUUGAUGAUGAAUGGACAUCUGUUAUAGUUGCAAAUGUAUCUAAAUAUAUUGUGUCUGGUACACCAACUUUUGUUCCAUAUGAAGUUAAAGUACAAGCUUUAAAUGACUUGGGGUAUGCACCAGAGCCAUCAGAGGUGAUUGGACAUUCAGGGGAAGACUUGCCAAUGGUUGCUCCAGGCAAUGUGCAGGUUCAUGUUAUUAACAGCACAUUAGCAAAGGUGCAUUGGGACCCAGUUCCACUGAAAACUGUCCGAGGACACCUUCAAGGGUACAAAGUUUACUACUGGAAAGUGCAGAGUCUGUCCAGAAGGAGUAGACGACAUGUAGAAAAAAAGAUCUUGACUUUCAGGGGAAACAAGACUUUUGGAAUGUUACCAGGGCUGGAGCCCUAUAGUUCUUACAAGCUGAAUGUUAGAGUUGUUAAUGGUAAAGGAGAAGGACCAGCAAGCCCAGACAAAGCAUUUAAGACCCCUGAAGGAGUUCCUAGUUCACCUUCCUUUCUGAAGAUUACUAACCCAACACUGGACUCUCUGACUCUGGAGUGGGGCUCACCCACGCAUCCAAACGGUGUUUUGACGUCAUAUACACUGAAGUUUCAGCCAAUCAACAACACACAUGAAUUGGGUCCCUUGGUAGAGAUAAGAAUUCCUGCCAACGAGAGCAGCUUGAUAUUAAAAAAUUUAAAUUACAGCACCCGGUACAAGUUUUACUUUAACGCACAAACUUCAGUUGGAUCAGGAAGUCAGAUAACUGAGGAAGCAGUAACAAUUAUGGAUGAAGCAAUGGCAAGCCGGCAGGUAGACAUCGCUACUCAAGGAUGGUUCAUUGGUCUUAUGUGUGCUGUUGCUCUUCUGAUCUUGAUUUUACUGAUUGUGUGCUUCAUAAGGAGGAAUAAGGGUGGCAAGUAUCCAGUGAAGGAAAAGGAGGAUGCACAUGCUGAUCCAGAAAUACAACCGAUGAAGGAAGAUGAUGGAACGUUUGGUGAAUACAGCGAUGCAGAGGACCAUAAACCUCUAAAAAAAGGAAGCCGGACACCUUCAGACAGAACUGUGAAAAAAGAAGACAGUGAUGAUAGUUUAGUUGACUAUGGAGAAGGUGUAAAUGGUCAGUUCAAUGAGGAUGGCUCCUUUAUUGGACAAUAUAGUGGUAAAAAAGAGAAAGAACCUGCAGAAGGAAAUGAAAGCUCUGAGGCUCCUUCUCCUGUAAAUGCCAUGAAUUCAUUUGUGUAACUACAGAACUUGAUCCCCUUGUAUCUCCAGUUUGCUUAAAGCACUUGUACAUCCUCCUUCUCAUUCUAUGAGCACGCAGGUAAUGGAGCUCCUCACCACCAGAUGUUAAUGCUAUGAGAAUAUGCAGGUUAACACCAGUACGCAGCAUAAUGACACAGUAAGUGGUAUGUUACUAUGAAUCAAAAUAGAAAAUUCCAAUUUUGUUCAAAACUUGGGUAUUUUUACUUUUUUUUAAAGGAACUGACACAAACGGUAGCAUCAGCUUGUAAUUUUGUUUCCUGUUGAAAAUACAGUAUAAUGCAUGGAAAAAAAACCCCUACACAACUUGCAGGUAAUCUUGUGUACACUAUAAAGACAUGGUUUGACAAUUUGUUAUGCAGUCCUCAGCUGAAUCCCUGGAUAUGAAUUCCGUUCUCAAUGUCAGAGUGUUAUAGUAGUAUUAUAUAGAACUUCAAUGUCUUUGUGGACAUUGUUGUGAAAUUGGUGACUUAAUGUCUAGCUAUCAUAUGUCUUUUUGCAAGACAGUUAGGAACAGUAUGUACAGUAUAUAAAUGCUAAAUGAUUUAAGUAUGACACUUGCAUUUGCUGAUGCUUAAUGAGACCCUAUUAUCUGCUCUUUGCUCCUAUUACUUUAUAGCCUUUUUAAUCUAUCAAGUAUUACAGCAGUACAGUGUUCUAUUUUUACAUCAAAACAUAUUGAAUUGAUUUUAGGGCAUAAAAGAUAUGUAUUGCAAUGCAUUUUGGAAUUUGUACAGUCACUGAAAGAAAAACUUUAAAAAUUAAGGAAAAUAUUCCAGAAAACACAGGGCAACAUACAGGCAACAUACAUUCAGUGCCUUCAUGCCAAUAUGCAUUCCGUAAUGCGCUGUACUACUAAAUCAGUCGGUGCAGUAAACUGUGAUUAGCAGACUACUGUCAUUGCCAAAUAAAGGAAAAAUGUGAAGAAAAAGAAGUGUUAUGAAACUGUUGUGCUAAAAAUGGAAAGUUUAAAAUCUUUUAAAUUGCAUAAAGAAGAGUAUGAUUUUUUUCCCCUUUAAAAAAAGCUUCAUACGCAGUUACAGCACAACAUGUUUUCAUGGCCUUAGAAUACUUAAAAAUGAAAACAAACAAACAAAAAAAAAAUCCCAAAACGCAACCAGAGUUAAAUUAUUUACUAACAAAGCAAGGUGUAAGCUCUUGUAAAAUAAAUCAUUAAAAACCCAAACCAGCUGACUCCAUCGGUGAGAGCACAUUUCUCCCUGUGUUCCAGCCUGAUCAGUGUGGCAGCUUUGUAAUUAUCUCCAGCCUGAAGCAGUGUGGGGGUUACCACUCAGAACCACAGCAUUCCAUCUGACAAGUGCUAAUACGGUUUAUUGGUAAAGGAUUACCCUUAUUGGUUACAAAAUUAUUUUCUCGGAUACUAAAUCAAAUGUUUACCUCCAAAUAUAAAUUCUUAUAACAACCUAUGGUUGAAGGAAUGCUCAGUUUCAUUUGCCAAUAAAUUGGUUUUUCAUAACUUGCAUCAAGUUUAAUUUUAAGUAAGCUUUUUAUAUGUAGAUAUUUUGUUGAAUUUGUAAAUACACUUAAAGCGUAGUUGCUAUAUGCUUCUAGGUGUUCCAGACAAAUAAACCAAGAAAGCUUAUGUUGUACUGUGUAAGAAGAUCUAUAGCCAAUGGUGUGCAUGAUAUUUUAAAGCAUCUACUUAAUUUUUCCUUUUUUUUUUUUUUUUUUUUUUUUUUGUGCUGUGAAAAUAAAAUAGCGAUCUGCUCAUUUACUGCAGAUUCCAGCUGAACCAUUCAGAGCUUUUGCCAGUGCACUACAUUAGCCCAAAGGACACCUUGCAGCUUCCAUGUAUAUAUUGUAGGUAAAGCACAACUGAAAUAAUCCCAAAUGUAACCCAGCUGUAAUAAGCUUCUUUUGCACCUUUGAGCUUUCCAUUGGUCAGUUUUUUUAAUGGGAACUCAAAUACAAAAUGAAUUAUAUGAACACUGAUUACAAAGCACAAAGAGAACAUUUCUUCACAGGAUUUGCCAAUGGUUUUGGUAAAAAAAGAAAUAUCAUUUUACUCUUAUUUAAUUGUAGAUGCUGAAUUAUCUGUGCAUGUGGGGGUAAACAUACAGGCUCACUUCUGUAAUAGUGCAACGGAUUUUGUAUUAAAAAUAAAUGUGGUUUUAAAAUUUCACUGUUUGUUCUGUUUACACUAGCAGUAAAAAUCACUUUGGAUUAGUCCUGUAAUUAAAAAUUCAAAGCAGAAAAACAGCAUGAAGGAGCUCUGACAGAAGUUGUUCCCAUUACUGCCACCAAAUUUUAUACAGAAAGUUGCAUACCUUCACAUGCUACCAUUUGAAAAAAAUGGUAAAUUUGUCUGACCAUUUCCCAUUGAAAUCUGUGAUUUGCAUUUUACUUCCAUGGAUGUUUUUAUUAUUUAUUUAGCCAUAUUACUGCAAAGAAAAGAACUGAAACAGUCGUGUUCCGUACCUGUAAGAGUAAAUAAGAGAAAGUAAGAAUGUUGAUUUGAA